CCUAAACUCAACAACUGGUGGCAAAUCACCCCCUUAACCCACUUCACGUGCAAAUCAACCCCUCAACUCACGUGCAAUGGCAAAUCAGCUCCUCUCUUAACCCAUCCGUUAACAUUUAACAGUUCGCUCAUCAGCCCUUCCUCUGUGUUCAACGUGGCCUUCUUUUUGCUGAGAUGGAUGCUAAGGGAUUUAGGGAUCAGCUUCUAUCAUCUUUGUCUUCUUCCCUUCUUCGUCUUUGUUUAGCAAGAUCUGCAAUUCAUCGAGCAUGGGGUUUUUCGUCAAGCUUUGAAUCUUCUGUCAAAUUACCAUAUUUUGAGGAUAUCUAGGCUUUUAUUUUGUUUGGCAGCUUCUAUCAUCUUCUUCCCCUCUUCGUCUUUUAAAAAUUGAACCUUUUUUAGCAAGAUUUGCAAUUCAUGGAGCAUGGGUUCUUUGUCAAACUCUAAAUCUUCUGUGCAAUUACCAUAUUUUGAGGAUAUUUAGCGUUUUAUUUCAUUUUCCAGCUUUUAUCAUCUUCUUCCCCUCUUUGUCCUUUCAAAAAUUGAACUCUUUAUUAUCGAGCAUGGCUUCUUGAUUGAUCCUGGACGCUGUUUUUGGUCUCUGUAUUGUUUAGUUUCGUUUGAUAAGUUUGCAUAUUGAAGAAAUUAUUGUUUUCUGA